AUGGUCCGCCUCAAGAACCGUUAUCUGCUCAUAGAUAUCCUCUACCCAGACCCUGCAUCAUGGCCCUCCACCAAAUCCAAUUCCAAUAACACAUCCACCGCCGCACAACUAGCCAUCCACUCGCCCACCUCCGACGCGCUGACACCAGGCCUCCUUGCUAAAAUGAUCCGCGAGGAAGUCAGCGACCUAUAUGGAGAUUACGGAGUGGGAAAACUAGGUGGCGCCACUGCGGGAGGUAUUAAUGUUAAAUAUCUCUCCCCCGCAACCUCAACCGCCAUCCUACGCUGCCCCCGCGCAUCUUUCCGUCUUGUCUGGUCCGCCCUUACAUACAUGUCGCAUGUCCCCGCGCCAGGCGGCGAUGCGGCCCAGAAGCGGCCGAAUGGGGGUCGGGAACGAGGAUGUGUAUUCCGGGUUUUGAGGGUGUCGGGAACAAUGAAGAAGGCCGAGGAGGAGGCUAUUCGGCGGGCAAGAAGGGAGAUUGUUCGUAUCCGAGGGGUCGAAGAGCGAGGUGUAUUGGGGGAUCUUGUUUCGGGUGCUGGGCUCGCGGAGAAGGAUUUGAUUAUGCAGGGUGUUGUUGAUGCGAGUGAUGAUGAGAUGGAUGAUGAGGACGAUUGA